GGCGACCCACUCUGCCUACACAUUCAAUGCUUCACGCUUUGAAGCUCUUAGCUGUUGGGUAACUUUCGACUUCUUGUAUUGAUCGGUCCCCAACUCGUUGAUGUCUCACGUAGCCGGAAAUUGGGUAAGAGAAAGAGUUGAGUUCAAAAGUUUGAUUGGUUUGUAAAGCUGUGAGGAGAAAAAGAAAGCGAGGAAGAUGGGUGCUACGGCUGAAGGAGUCAAGUACUCACCCGACUGGUUAGUCAAGCACUCAAAUGUUACUGUUGAGGAGAAGCUGGACGAGCUUCGGCGUUUAAUGGGCAAAGCGGAAGGUGAUCCGGUCAGGAUAGUUGGCGUAGGGGCUGGAGCUUGGGGGAGUGUGUUUGUUGCAAUGUUGCAAGAUAGUUAUGGACACUUAAGGGAGAAGGCCGUGGUGAGAAUAUGGAGAAGAUCCGGAAGGCCUGUGGAUAGAGCCACAGCUGAGCAUUUGUUUGAAGUCAUCAAUUCACGAGAAGAUGUGUUGAGGAGGCUGAUCAGGCGCUGUGCUUACUUGAAAUAUGUCGAGGCAAGAUUAGGGGACCGGAUACUGUUUGCGGAUGAGAUAUUGAGAGAUGGGUUCUGUCUGAAUAUGAUUGACACUCCUCUUUGCCCUUUGAAGGUUGUCACCAAUUUGCAGGAGGCUGUGUGGGAUGCUGACAUUGUGGUGAAUGGGCUGCCAUCAACUGAGACGAGUGUGGUGUUUGAGGAAAUUAGUCGGUAUUGGAGAGAUAGGAAGACAAUGCCGAUCAUAAUUUCUCUUUCGAAAGGUGUGGAAGCUGAAUUGGUGCCUGAACCGCGCAUUGUUACUCCCACUCAGAUGAUCCAGCGAGCAACUGGUGCUCCUGUUGAAAACAUUCUCUACCUUGGAGGACCCAACAUUGCCUCAGAGAUAUACAACAACGAAUACGCUAAUGCUCGGUUAUGUGGAGCUGAAAAGUGGACAAAGCCAAUGGCCAAGUUUUUAAGGCAGCCACACUUCAUUGUGUGGGACAAUGGUGACCUUGUUACUCAUGAAGUUAUGGGUGGCUUAAAGAAUGUCUAUGCGAUUGGAGCUGGAAUGGUAGCUGGGUUAACCAAUGAGAGCGCCACCAGCAAAUCUGUAUACUUUGCACAUUGUACAUCAGAGAUGAUAUUUAUCACUCAUUUAUUGGCAGAAGAACCAGAGAAACUUGCAGGACCUUUAUUGGCUGACACGUAUGUAACCUUGUUGAAAGGUCGUAAUGCAUGGUAUGGACAAAAGCUGGCCAAGGGGGAGUUAAACCUUGAAAUGGGUGACAGCAUCAAGGGGAGGGGUAUGAUUCAGGGAGUCUCUGCUGUAAAAGCAUUUUAUGAGCUGCUUAGUCAGGCUUCUUUAAGUGUCAAGCAUCCUGAAGAAGAUAGGCGCAUUGUUCCCGUUCAGCUUUGUCCUAUCUUGAGGAUUCUGUAUAGCAUACUUAUAAAAAGGGAGUUCCCACCGCAGGCUAUUCUUGAAGCUUUAAGGGAUGAAACAAUGGAUGACCCUCGGGAGCGUAUUGAGAUUGCACAAACCCAUGCUUUUUACAAGCCAUUUCUUCUUGGUCAGCAGCACAGCUCUGUUAAUGGAACUAUCCUCUAGCAUGCAACUGGCAACUCCUGUUGAUGGUGAGGGUGUUUGGAGUAUGCCUGGGUAUAGAUGGUCUCUUCUGUUUGUUGUUUAAAGUUGGUGUAGACCUUUAGUUUGGAAGUUGACGUGCUCGUUACCGGGCGCACAAUUUAAAAACCUUUUUUUAUCAGAAUGUAGUAUUGGCAAAUAGGGUUCGAUCAAUCCGGGGACUUAAAAGGGCACUCAUGCAGUCACGGUUACAGUAAAGAGUAUGUAACUAUAAGUAUUUACAAGUAUUCGUUUACAAAUAUACACAUGGUACAAGGUAAACAGGGGGGGGGGGGGGGGUUUGGAGAGUUUGGUUUUAACAUUCCUACUAAAAGAUAAAGAUAAAAACUAAAGUAAUAUAUAUACAAGUGAUCAUCUUCAACACACAUCAACCAGCAAUUCCAAAAUCAAACAAACAAGUAUCAA